AGUCGAUCGCAACAGGUGCUGGUGGUCGCAGGCGGGAGCUGCUGGAAUCGAACGGAAUCUUGCUGGGACUGUCUGUCGUCGGAGGCCUUUGGAGUACAUAGAAGAGCACAUCUAUCCGCUGUUGUUCAUAUAUAUUUUUUUCCGUGCCUUUCGCGACUGUUUGUUUUUCUGUGUUUCUGUGCCGCUCUGUGUGUUUCGAGGCCAAGGCGACCAAUUUAUUCCGGCUCAGCUCGCCGAUAUUAUACCAAAUUCGCCAUAGCAAAACGAGGACAAUGAGGAUUGUGUGGAGCAAGAAGCUCUUGCUAUGGCUACUGCUGGUUGCCCUCAUGGUGACGGCGUUGACGCUGGGCCUGGUCUUCGGUCUGAAGAAUCGGGAUGCGCUGUACAUCAGCGGAGCCGUGGUGUCCAAUGGCAUCGGAUGUGCUGCGGUCGGCGGUGAAAUGCUGACCGAUGGCGGUUCCGCCGUGGAUGCCGCCAUUGCCACGCUGCUGUGCGAGGGCCUGCUGCUGCCGCACUCCAUGGGCAUUGGCGGUGGCUUCGUGGCCACCAUAUACACGCGGAGUAGCCGCAAGGUGGAGACGGUGAUUGCCAGGGAAUCGGCACCGGCGGCCGCGCACAAGGACAUGUUCGUGGGCGAGACGUUGAUUACGGGCGCCAAAUCGGGUGCGGUGCCCGGCGAGAUUCUUGGCUACUGGGAGAUGCAUCGUCGCUAUGGCAUCCUGCCCUGGAAACGCCUCUUCGAGCCGUCCAUUAAGCUGGCCCGCGAGGGCCAUGUUGUGUCGCGCUAUCUGGCCUCCGCCAUCCAGUCCAAGCUGGAGAACAUUAAGGCGGAUCCCGGGCUCUCGGCCGUGUUCCUCAACUCAACUGGUCAACCCCACUUGGAGGGCGACUACAUGAAGCGCCCCGCGCUGGCCGACACGCUGCAGCGGAUUGCCGAGAAUGGAGCCAAGGAGUUCUACGAUGGCGGCGAGACGGGUCGCAAGUUCGUCGAGGACAUCCAGAAGAUGGGCGGCAUCAUCACGGAGCAGGACCUGCGCGACUACACGGUGCGCUGGGAGAGCGAUGGACACGUGUCGGCCCAUGUGAGUGGCACGUACACGCUCUACUCCACGCCCAUGCCAAGCAGCGGACCCGUUCUGGCCUUCAUCCUCAACCUGAUGGCCGAUCUCUAUACGGAAGACGAGCCGAUCUACUGGCAGCGCGCGGUGGAGGCCUUCAAGCACGCCUACGGCCAGCGCACCAAUCUGGGUGAUCUGUAUGCCGAUCCCGUUAGCGCUGCGUCCAUCAAUGCCACCCUGGAGGAGAUGCUCAAGCCGGAGUUCCUGGAGAGCGUCAGGAAGCUGAUCCACGACAAUAGCACUUCGCAGGACUACCUCUAUUAUGGCGCCAACUUCACCGUGGAGGAGGACCAUGGCACCGCCCACAUGAAUGUCUUGGCCACCAAUGGAGACGCCGUGUCCAUCACCAGUACCAUCAAUAACUAUUUCGGCUCCAAGGUGGCUUCCACCCAGACGGGAAUCAUCCUGAACGACGAGAUGGACGACUUCUCCACGCCGGGCGUGAUUAAUGGCUUCGGCGUGCCCGCCUCGCCGGCCAACUACAUUUAUCCCGGCAAGCGUCCCAUGUCCUCGAUGAGUCCGUGCAUUAUUGUCGACCAGGAUGGCAAUGUACGUCUGCUGGUCGGAGCGGCAGGUGGCACUCGCAUCACCAGCAGCGUGGCAGCUGUGAUCAUGAAGUACCUGCUACGCAAGGAGAGCCUCACCGCGGCCGUGAACAAUGGCCGACUGCACCACCAGUUGGUUCCCAUGCGCGUGAGCUACGAGCACGAGGUGGACAGCAGCGUUACCGACUACCUCAAGCAGGUGGGCCACGAGAUGUACGAGGAGCCCGCCGGCUCCAGCUUCGCAGCAGUGACCGCCAUUGGGGCGCUGGAGCAGCCGGAGCCCUUCUUCGAUCGCCGUCGCAUCGGCAGCUCCCUCACUCUGGCCAAGACCAACAAGAUGCAGCAUUAGGAUGCGUGUGAUUUUAUUUAUUUAACCUAGUCCGUAAGUCGCAUGAGCCGAGGGCUGCGAGUAAUGUUUACCAGUAUUUCGAAUAGAGAGUUUCGAAAAUUCCUUUUUUAUGUACAUAACCACCAGGCUGUGAGUGCCCGAUAUAUCCAAAUAAACGGAUUUUUUGUUAUCCUUUUUCCGGAGUAAA